AUGGCCCUCCACGCCGUCUGGCAGAUCCGCCAGUAUGCCUCUGCUGUACGGAUCUACACGCAUGGAGACCCCGAGCUGGCCCAGGAGCUGCUGUCUCGAGUGUCCCCCGAUGCAGCGAUCACCGUCGAAUCCGCGUACAUCCAGGAGAUCCAGCCGGACGCCGACUCACCGCACGGCGUCACCGUCCAGCUCGACGGCGGGAAGAGUGAAAAGGCGCUCCUCUACCACCGCCGGGCCGCACAGCUCAAGGGCAACGACCCCUUUGCCCGCCAGCUGCGGCUCGAGCUGACCGAGUCAGGGGCUAUACGCAUCUCAGCGCGGGUCCCUUACAUGACGAGCAUGGACGGGGUAUAUGCCGGCGGCGACUGCGCAUCUCUGGGCCAGCGGACGCUCCUCAAGGCCCUGGCGAUGGGUGAGGGAGUCGCAGCGGCCGUAGCAGCCCGUCUGGAGCGCGGGAGGUGGAAGAAUCUGGCGUACGAGGAGGAGAGCUGCCCCUGA